AUGGAACAAUUGAUUCAAGUAAUUGGAGCCACUCAAAACCCAUCACUCAGACAACAAGCUGAAGCACAAUUAACAUCAUUUCAAAAUACCGAUUUCUCACAAUACAUCGUGUCAUUAAUUCAAAUAUUAUCUACAGCAACUCUCCCAACUAAUAUCAGACAAUCAGCUGGUAUUCUGUUCAAAAAUUUAUUCCCAAUAAAAGGUUCUCAUAAAGCACAAUCUUUAAAAAUAUGGAAUGAAAUUAAUAAUGAUACAAAAAUGAUAAUAAGAAAGACUGUGUGUUCUUUACUCUCAGAACAAGAUAAUAAUAUUAUUCUUAUUGGAGGAAAUAUUAUUUCUAAUUUAGCAAAUCUUGAUUUACCUCAAGGACAAUGGCCUGAGUUAAUGCCAUUUUUAUUAACAGAUGGUAGUGUUGCUAAAUUAAAGACAAUUGGUUUUAUUACUGAAGAUAUUCCAUUCAUUCCAUUUGCCCCUUUUAUUGAACAAGUUGAAAACCUUUGUAUUUCAUCAUUAACUAAAAGUUUUGACCAUUGUAUAUCUGCAUUAACUAUUUUUGAAAAUAUGAUUUCUUUUGAAAAAAUUAUGUCUAACCCAACAGAACGUAAAAAAAUUCUUGAAGUUCUUCUUACUGCAGUAAAACAUAAUCACCCUGCAAUUAAGACAAAAGGAUUCCAAGCAAUUUCUACUUUUACUGAAUUAUACAUUGAAUAUUUCUCAGAAAUAGGUAAGACUAUUAUGGAAGUUACUUCUGAAAUUUUGAAACAACCAAUGAGUAUUGAAAUAGAAGACUUACAAAAAACUGUUCUUCAUCUUUGGAGAACUGUUGCUUCUAAUGAACGUAGAUAUAAUGAUCAUUAUCCAAAUAAUCCUCCAUUAAAGAUAGUUGUUAGUGUUAUUGAUGAAUUAAAGAAUCUUAUCAUUCAUAUAAUUUCUUUUGUUGAUGACCCAAAUGAUGAUAUUGAUGAGAAUGAUUUAUCAUUUAUUGCCCAAGACACACUCUAUGAUUUAAGUGUAAGUGUUGGAUCUGGACUACUUGUUUCAUUAUCUCCUCAAAUUCUUUCAUUAUACACUAACCCAGAUUGGAAAAUUAGGUUCCAAGCUCUUAGUACUUUUGCUUGUUUAGUUGUUCCAAAUGAUGACCCAAUCACUCUUUUACGUCAACAUGUUAAUCAAAUUGUUAAUUUAUUUAAUGACCCUGUUCCAUUAAAUAGAGCCACUGUGAUUUAUUGUAUUAUUAAAUGUAUUAAACACUAUCCAAAGAUGUUUGAUGACUUCCUUAAAAUUCAUGCUUCAAAUGUAUUCUCUAUGUUUAAAGAUUGUCCUAUUGUAAAGAAAGCUGUUAGUUCAUUCUUCUCAACGAUUUGUGACCCUCAAACUGGUGUUAAUUGUAAAUUGUUUUUAAAUGGAGAAGCUGUUACUUCUAUUAUUAGAACAUUCCUUGACGAGUCUAUGAGAAAUACAUCCAUUUCUGAAUGUACAUCUUAUUUAACUGCUUCAGGAAAUGUUGUAAGAGGUUGCUGUUCUG